CCCUUCCAUAGCCCCCGGUUCCUUAGAAACCAGGCGGCGUGUUCCCUGAGUUUGGGCAAUACGUUACGGUACCUGCUCAACCCCGCUAGGCUUUCUCAAGGCGGGCUGGUGGCCUCUGAAACCCGUCCGGACUCAUGGUCUCCGUUGUGGCGCAGAGCGGGCGAUGCCAGCGUGCCAGGAGCCAUGCUUGACCAAGAUGGUGGGAAGAUCAGCUCCAUGCUGGAGGCUCUGGUGAGGAGAUGAGGCAGUGAGCAGAGGCUGGGUUCAAGAUGCUGCCAGGAGUGGGCGUGUUUGGGACUGGCAGCUCAGCCCGAGUCCUGGUCCCACUGCUAAGAGCAGAAGGGUUCACCGUGGAGGCCCUGUGGGGAAAGACAGAGGAGGAGGCGAAGCAGCUUGCGGAGGAGAUGGAUAUCACCUUCUACACUAGCCGCACUGAUGAUGUCUUGCUGCACCAGGAUGUAGACCUGGUGUGCAUCAACAUCCCCCCUCCGCUCACCCGACAGAUAUCUGUGAAAGCUCUAGGUAUUGGGAAGAAUGUGGUUUGCGAGAAGGCAGCAACGUCUGUGGAUGCUUUCCGGAUGGUGACGGCCUCACGCUACUACCCGCAGUUGAUGAGCCUGGUGGGGAAUGUGCUUCGUUUCCUGCCUGCUUUUGUGCGCAUGAAGCAGCUGAUUGCAGAGCAUUAUGUUGGCGCAGUGAUGAUCUGUGAUGCCCGCAUCUACUCAGGCAGUCUGCUCAGCCCCAGCUAUGGCUGGAUCUGUGAUGAGCUUAUGGGUGGUGGCGGUCUGCACACCAUGGGCACCUACAUUGUGGACCUGCUGACCCACCUGACAGGCCGGAAGGCUGAGAAGGUGCAUGGGUUACUCAAGACCUUCGUGAGGCAGAACGCUGCCAUCCGUGGCAUCCGGCAUGUCACCAGUGAUGACUUCUGUUUCUUCCAAAUGCUCAUGGGGGGCGGAGUAUGCAGCACAGUGACACUUAACUUUAACAUGCCAGGCGCCUUUGUGCAUGAAGUUAUGGUGGUGGGCUCUGCGGGCCGUCUUGUUGCCCGGGGAGCUGACCUCUAUGGGCAGAAGAACUCUGCCACACAAGAGGAGCUGCUAGUGAGGGACUCACUGGCCGUGGGUGCAGGUCUGCCUGAACAGGGGCCCCAGGAUGUCCCACUGCUCUAUCUGAAAGGCAUGGUCUACAUGGUGCAGGCCUUGCGCCAGUCCUUCCAGGGGCAAGGGGACCGCCGCACCUGGGACCGCACCCCUGUUUCUAUGGCUGCCUCAUUCGAGGAUGGGCUCUACAUGCAGAGUGUGGUGGACGCUAUCAAAAGGUCGAGCCGAUCUGGGGAAUGGGAGACUGUGGAGGUUCUAACGGAGGAGCCUGAUGCCAACCAGAACCUGUGUGAGGCACUUCAGCGGAAUAACCUCUGAGCCUGCAGUUGGGCUUCUGCCACAGGGCACAGGGGUUAGGGAGGGAGCAGUGAAGGAGGUGCAGCAGGCCAUAGCAGAGACAGUGUCAUUCAUUAGUAAAUCAGCUUGGACUGGGGCAGAGAGAAGUCUGAAGGUGACCCAGGGAAGUCUCCCAUCUGCUCAUGUAGUCUUCAGACUUGCAGGAUGGCGACAUGCCUACUACCACAGCUUACACUAGCACUGUGUGUAGGGCAGAUCUGCCACCAGGCCUCUUCAUGGCUUUGCUAGUGAGCAGUACCAGUAUAAGUCCAAUUUGGGCUCUCAAGCCUGAUGUGUAGUCUGCUGGAAAGAAAAAGCCCAGCACAGAGCCACCUGACUGAGGUCUGAGGAGAAAGGACAAAGAAACCCAUUUCUUGCUUGGGGACUGGGGCAUCUCAGGAAUGGUGAGGCCACGUCAUCCCUCAGGGAUCCUUACCUGCCCUCCCACCUGACUGUACCAGACCAACCUGCAGGGAGGAGGCGUUUCUGUAUCCAGUGAGCUUUUGGGCUAUUGACUUAGGGCAGAGGGCCUCUGACUUAGCAGAGAGGAGAUAAGGGGAGCCAUGGAACAUCUGAUAAAUGUUACUAUAAAUCAGAAAAUAUGA